AUGGGAAUUGAUAAAGCCGGAGUUGAAAGGAAGUUGCAACUGCAAGAAUUGGAGAGCCUUCGUCUAGAAGCCUAUGAGAACUCAAGAAUAUACAAGGAGAAGAUGAAGGCUGUACAUGAUCAAAAUAUCAAGAAGAAAGAGUUCCAACCUGGAGAUUUAGUCCUCCUUUACAAAUCUCGACUAAGGCUCAUGCCAGAUAAGUUGAGAUCAAGAUGGAAAGGUCCAUAUAGAGUAGAGAAGGCAGAACCAUACGGAGUUUAUCACCUAAGCCAUCCUUCAAGCUCUGAACUCAUUAAAGUUAAUGGACAACGCCUGAAGCUAUACCAUGGCGAGAAGAGGCAGAGAAACAAGGAGUUUGAGAUCUUUCUCUUGGAAGAUCCCCACAUAGCAGAAGACUGA